AUGGAGUUGGCCAAACAUGGUCUUAUGCUCCUGCAGCAGCUCAACGCUCAGAGGGAGUUUGGCUUCCUGUGCGACUGCACCGUCGUGAUCGGCGAUGUCUUCUUCAAAGCCCACAAGGCCGUGUUGGCCGCCUUCUCCAACUACUUCAGAAUGCUCUUCAUACACCAGGACAGGUAUGGUAAGCACCACGGCAACGCCUCUACCUGUAGGCUACAUUAAGCUAGGCUAACACCAUGUUCACUCAUGAUUUAUGUCUGUGAGAAAGGUCAGUUGAAACUCAACCCAGUCCUGCUUGGACGAUUCAAACAAGUUCAGCUAAAGGUUGUAGUAAAUAAUGUGCAACUCAAUAAGGACAGGACAAUGUACAUGUUUGGUGAUCAAUAAAAGCUAUUGUUUGCGUCAUCAGUGUUUUGAAUUCCCAAGACGUUUUGAAGUGUCCAAUUUUUUAUAUAUAGAUGUUUUAAUACCAUAAAUAAAUAUCUAACUAUCUCUUUUCAGUGAUUGUGUCCGCCUGAAGGCAGCCGACAUCCAGCCAGACAUCUUCAGCUACCUCCUCAACCUGAUGUACACAGGGAAGCUGGCCCCUCAGCUCAUCGACCCAGCCCGGCUGGAGCAGGGGGUCAAGUUCCUUCACGCCUACCCCCUCCUCCAGGAGGCAAGCCAGACAGCCUUCUCCCACCCCGAGCCAAGCAUGCCCCUCUCUACGUCCCUCUUUGGCAUUCAGAUCUCUGACCAGCAGGUGGCGCUGUCCGGCAGGCUGCCUGCUCGACGCCAGCUCUCCUCGCCCUUUGACCUGGACAGCCUCCCUGAUGGGAAGUAUCCGUCCACGUCUGCUGUAGCAGCGGCGUUCGCCAACCAUGCGUCCAAGCUGGACUCUUCAUUUCAGGAAAUGGUGGAGGCUUCAACCAGUGGCCACCCGGCCUCGUAUGAGGACAAGCAUAGAGGUGACACCCUGACAGGAGAGGCUCCCUACCCGGAUAACUCCAACACCAUUCUCCAUGUGAAACCAAGCAUCAUGAAGAGGAGUGCCUCCUUCAGGAAGCACUACUCCUGCCACCUGUGUGCCAGCCGCUUCAACCAGAGGAACCUGUUGAGGGAGCAUCUCCUGCAGCACAGCCAGGCCCAGCUCCCCCUGGUGGCCGAACCCAGCGAUGCAGACUCCCCUGUCAUCCCAGGAGGAGGAGCCACCACACCAGAUGUAGAGGAGGUGCUGCUAAGGGGAGGUGGAGAACCGUCCACUGACAUGACAGUUGAGAUGCUGAGUGACAGCGAGCAAGCACCUCUCUCUGGUUCCAACAUGGACUCUCCCAGAGCUGAGUUGUCGACGUCGGGGUGGGCGACGGGGUAUCAGUCCCAGGCCAACACCCCACCCCCAUCGGACAUUGCGGAUAUCGACAACCUUGAGAGUGCUGACCUGGACCACGAGGUGAAGCGCAGAAAGUACGAGUGCUCCACCUGCGGUCGCAAGUUCAUCCAGAAGAGCCACUGGCGAGAGCACAUGUACAUACACACGGGUAAGCCCUACAAGUGCAGCGCCUGUGGCAAGAGCUUCUGUCGUGCCAACCAGGCAGCACGCCACGUGUGUCUGAGCCAGGGCGCCGAAGCCUACACCAUGGUGGACCGGCAGAGUAUGGAGCUGUGUGCUGCAGGGGACGACACCAGCCAGAUGGAGGUGCUGUACUUAGGCUCGGCCAGGCCCUACAAGUGUAAUGUCUGUGAGACCACCUUCUCCAGCCCCAACGAGGUCAUCAAGCACCUGUGCUUCAGCCAAGGGGCGGUAGCAGGCCUGCAGGGGCAGGCAGGGGUGGAGCUGCUGCAGGGGGAGGAGUUUCCCAAAGACGAGGGCUCUGAUUCGUCCGGCGCAGGCCACCUCAUUACGCCCAUAAAAACUGAGCAGAUCUUGGUGGAGUAG